UCUAAGCGUAUCAUUCAUUUUGAUAGGGAAUGAAUACACCUGCCAACAAGAAAACCAACAGCGCUGGCGCCAAUAGACGAUAAUACCAAGACUUCCCCUCGUUGCUCCUCCUACAGAACAUCAUCCCCCUCAUCCAUCAAUGUCUAAUAACAUUACACUGCUUUCUUCUUCUGCCGCGACUUACAUAAAUCACCACCUUCUGUUUACUUACUGGAUCUCCUUUUUGUUUCAUUUCUUCGGUGCCUCUCAUAAUAACUUUGGCCUGCACUCUCUUUUAUUAUUGGUAGCAAAGCAGGAUCUCCUCCACUUUGAUCAACACUAUCUGUCAUAUCAUUUCAUUUCUGGUUUUUCUUUAUUCCUCAAUAGUAAUGAUCAACUUCACAAAAACGAUCACAAAAGCCUCAUUUGACAGUGUAUGGGACGGAGAAAAGGUUAAUCACAGACAAAUUUGCCU